UCACUUUCGUGUGAUAAUAUCCGAAAUGUAGGAUAUUAACGGUUUCUUGUAAAAUUUCCGAUUGAAAUUUUCAAAUUCAUGUGUACAAAGCAUAUAGGGUUUAUAGAAUAGUAAUUUCGCAACCUGACGUUUUUGAUCUAGUGGGAUUAGCUUUUGUUUCAAAAUGCGAUUUUUUCAGGCGCUCCCCUGACUCGAUAAACUUGUGUAGUGGACCGUCAGGCCCAUCAGGAAGUUCCGGAUCUAUCGCAUCAACAAUUCCGUCGGGAGGAUUGCAGGGUGUGUACGUGGAGCGACUUCCGCCUCGGAGUGACGGAACGGUGAAAGAAGCGAUACGGGAUGCGCUUAAGAAGCAUGGACGUAUUGUGGACAUAUCGAUUGAGGGUGAUGGUGAUGCUCGCAAAGCACUCGUCAUUUUCCAAAGGGUUGUCGAUAUGGAGAAGCUUGUGAAUGAUUCCCAUAUCUCUGUUCUGUCGAUGCGUGUGCGUAUUCGAGCAGCUAGCCACGUUGUUGUCCAGGUGAUUUUUGUUUUGGGUUUUGCCUCUCAGGGUGAAGAUAUGACUUGUUGUUUUUUUAACAAUGUUUAUUUUUGCUGCCAUUAG